AUGUCUAUCAGAAACCUCGCCAUCCUCGCCAUCCUCGGCCUUGUCAAUGCCCAAGAUACGGUUGGAUUCGGUCCAUACUUUUCCCUCGGCCCUACCUCGUCAUGGAUCCGUGAAGCAAACACAACACUUGUCCUCCCCGAGGCCUCGAGCCCACAGAAAGACCGUCUUGCUCUGUGGCCCGGUAUGGGAACAAGCGCUGGUGAUUUGAUUCAGGCCCUUGCCGUUUCUUUCGCCGACCCUAGCGCAAACUGUGGAGCGAAAGCUGGGCAAUGGUGCACUUGGGCUAGUACACUUCAAGGCACCCAGCUGGGCGGAAAGCAGGUUCCUGCCGAAGCUGGUGAUGCGAUUACAAUGCAUUACAAGUACAAUGACGAGACCAGCAAGUUCGAUCAGACAGUCUCCAUCAACGGAGAGGUUGUGUCUACCCUUUCAACCACUUCCGGUCAAGCACAGGGUUGGGGUACUGCUGUCGAAUGCCAGGAUGAUGCCUGCAAGAGCACUGCUGCAGCACACGAAUACCUCGAUACUACAAUCAUCCUCAACGCCGCCGAUGCUUCCUUCAUUGACACCCUGGCUAUCAAUGAGGUCACUUCUUCUGGUCUGAAGACAGCCGAUAACGGAAAGACUUGGACUGUGUCUAGCAUCAAGGUUCAGGCUCACACCUACGACCUGUAA